ACAUAAUGUAAGCAGGCGCCAAAGCGUUGUUCGCCGACUUAAAUAAUCGCUUAUUGCAUUAUUUACUUUUGCCAACGUCGGACGCCGUGCUGAAUUUGUCGCUUAAUUUAUCUCUGAUCUGAGACGUAUCAAAAUUCCGGACAUUGUAACUAAUUUUAAAAUUCCUUCCGGAAGUAAAUUUCAGGACCCAAAAACCUCGAAAUAAGGCAUCAUUUGUUUACUCAUGGGAUCAUAUUUAAGGAUCUAGUGCGAUCGAUCCUCUUUUACACUACGUACAGUUCUCGUAAUGGAGAUUAUGAUUGCAUGAUGGGCGGAAAUACUCUGCUUAGGCUUCAUUUCAUGAAUAUUAGAGAGAUUUUCUACCUUUUCAAACUUUCCUCAUAACGUAGCCUGCCUAUCAAAAUGGGGCUCUGCGACCAUCGUCAGAAUCCGAAGAAGCUGCUCUUCAACAAACCCUGAAUAUCUGUCAGGAAAGUCGUUCUUUACAUUACAUCAUGGCACAGCAUACAUUUUAAUAUUUCCACGUUGGUCACUACUUGUCAAACACUUGAAAUCAAUUAGUCUGUCAGACGUUGGUGGUUCAAUAUAUAGUAUUUUUUUCUGAACAAAAUAAUUGACAAAGAGCGGGUAGUACAUCAAUAUUUGCUAUCUCUUUGCCUUCGAUUGAAGCUAUUGCGAUGCGACGUGAAAUCUUUUACUGUAUUUCAUUUAGUCACCGCUGAGAUCGCUGUAAAGUAACACGAUUAAUGUUUUUAAUGAAGUUACCACAUAAAUAACAAAACUGUCCUACCGCAUCUCUUUGUUCCACACUCGUAACCUUCCCCUACUGCUGUACAAUAACAGGGCCAGAGACACUGGCAAGGUGAAUGCGUCACUCUUUAAGCUGAUUUUCUGACGCAGCGCUACAAGAGGGGCAAGAGGGGAGCAGCCGUCCCGGCUUGGCUAGAUAUAUAAACUUCAAAGAAUCGACCAGUCACGCAGUAAAGGCGGCUGCUCUACUUCGGAUCAUUAGUACACGCAUCACAAGACAGCAGAAAUAUGUAGUAUUCUGUGAGUGAAUUGCAUUUCCUCUUUAUUCUUUUGCCAAUUAGAUUUUCAUUUCUGAAGAAAUUCACGCCUGCGAGUAUUAGUCACGCUGUUGGAGUGGACCCGUUUCUGUUUAAAAGGAAACUCGCGUGGCUUCUCCCACUACUGCAAAGGAGUGGGGAGUAAACGUGUGACGUCACUCGUGACGCUUCUGUUCCGCCGGCGUCAGGAGGUGGUAGGAGAAGGCUGAAAUUAAGCCGCGAAAACGAAGUCACCUCAGCAGUCAGUUGCAGACCAGCGACGGAGUAGUAAGGUGGUUUCCGAUUUGGGUGCACAUAGUUCGUCCGUAUUUGUUUUUGUUGCACAUCAAGUUUUCGAGUGUUGUAAUUUGAAAUUACUCUGUGGGAGUUAAAAUUUACCGAGAAAGUUGUUUCUGAGAAGCCUUGAGUUGAAAAUGCAGUGCCAGAGGAACUGGCAGAGUGCAGCGGCUCAUAGCGGUACAAGGGCGAAACAGAACAGUCAUCGGAGCAACUCCCGCUAGGCAGCAUCACAGCAGUGUCCCGUUCCCGCCAUUCGCCGUAGCAGCAGUAGCGCAUACUACUUAGUCAGGUGCAGUCUGCCGCAGUGUUUGGUUGAGUGAAGAUCUCGUGUUCUAAUUUUACAUGAUGUCGGGCACCGGUAGUGGAAUUCCAGAUUUUCCAAUCGUAGUGUUAACUUUCUUCGUUGGGCUUACAGUAUUUGCUGUAGUUUAUAUAUCGAAGUUGCUUAAAGCACCUGCAGCUGAAGAUUCAACAAAACGUAAAGAAACUGAGGUAACGAAGAAAGAAAAACCAACAGCAAAUGUAACACAAAAGCCCAGCAAGAAGAAACACCAGGAAAAGUGGACCAGAGAUUCCAAGCAAACUUUUUCUCAUCCGUGGCUGUUAACAUCACUAAAAGGACAUAGUGGAACUGUCUUAGAUAUGGAUUUCAGUAGCAACGGGAAAUAUCUGGCAACUUGUGCUGAAGACUCUGAAGAGCUUGAUCCUGGUGGAGAGGGCAGUGAGCAAGGCAGUGGCAACAGCAGUGGAAGUGAAGCCAACAAAGAGAACAGCCCUCAGGGCCAAACAGAUGGCAACCAGAAAGGUGCUUUGCUAACCCGUCGGCAGAAGAAGAAUCGCACACGUCGAAAUGAUGGGUCUCCUCUGCCUCGAAACAACAUUGCAGCUAAGAAGAGCAAAGCAAAAGCCCGGCGCUCUGGUGGUGCCGAUAGCAGUGGGAAGCGGAAUGGAGCUCCAACACUUCGCCAACAUGCGAAGCUGAAUUUGUCGGACAGUGACCUUUCAGUGCUUCUUAGACAUUACCUCCUCAGCCCUGACCAACUACUUGGGUUGGGUUAUCCUGUUGAGAGUGCCUUGUAUCCAGGGAGAGCAAUAAUUUACAAAAAUCCGCCAUCCAGUUCUAAUCCCAAUAGCAGCAAUGUGUCUUCCUGUAUGCAAAGUCCAGACCCCCUCAGGAGUUCAUCUCAUUUAUUUGAUGUAAAUGCACGUGAGUUUGUGCCUAUGAGUGCAAGAUUAGGAAAAGAGCCUUGUUGUCUAAAAGAGGACAAUGUGCAUGUGAAGAAUGAGAAUCUAAAAAAUACUGUUUUAAUUACGGAUUUUGUGAAAAAAGAUCAGCCUGGGAUGGACUACAGUGAAAUAGGUGCUGAAUGGGAUGCCAGCCACAGUACAAAAAGUGAAAAAAAUUCCCUUAGUACAGGCAGUGAUGGUGACAGUGCUGACAGUGGUAUCAAUAGAAGUGGUGGUGAAGAAGGGAGCAGUAGUGCCUCACAGGAAGCUUCAGAUGUUGACGGUGUCAUUGAAGAGGAUCAGGGAAUUGUUCCUGAAAUAAAGCAGUCCACUGUGAACAGUGGUGAAAGAAAACACUUAUCAAAAGUAGCAAAAGCAGAAAAACUGUGUGUGAGUGAGGAGAAGAAAUGUGUUCGUUGUGGUCGUGGUUUUUUUGUAACAGAAGAUGGUGAAUACUUAACACAAGAGCAUUGUCUCUACCACUGGGGCAAGCUGCAAAGAGUUGUAAGUGCACCAUCAAAGGCAUCAUCAAUGUCUUUGCGUAUGGAAUACAGCUGUUGCCACGGAAAGCCUAGCAGCAAAGGAUGCACAACAGCAAAACUACAUGUGUGGAAUGGUGUGGGGGUAGGCAUUAAUGGACCGUUUGAUAGUUAUGUUCGGACCCGGCCACGGAGAACACAUCCUCCAGAUGGAAAUUAUGGUGUGUAUGCUUUGGACUGUGAGAUGUGUUACACAACACGUGGCCUUGAAUUAACAAAAGUUACUGUUGUUGCACCUGAUGGACGUCUUGUGUACGAUUGUUUGGUGAGACCAGAGAAUUAUAUAAUAGACUACAAUACUCGGUUCUCUGGUAUCACAGCUCGUGAUCUCAAUAGGCGUGGAGCAACCAAGUCCCUGAAAGAUGUGCAGAAUGAUCUGAUGGGCUUCAUAAAUGCCGAUACCAUACUCGUAGGUCAUGGGCUUGAAAAUGAUCUUCGUGCCUUACGCAUUAUACACAGCACUGUGAUAGACACUUCAGUGGUUUUUCCACAUUAUUAUGGAUUGCCUUACAGACGAUCACUAAAAUCUUUAGUAGGUUGUUUACUUAAGAGGGAUAUACAGCAAGACUCGUCAGGACAUGAUAGUUUUGAAGAUGCAAGGGCUUCCAUUGAAUUGAUGCUGUGGAAGGUCAGAAAAGAUUUUAGAGCUGUUUUAGAAAAAUAGUGAGUUAAUCAGUGCCUCUUUUGUAAUGGUUUCUCACAAGGUGACAAAUGCCCAGAGUGCAUAGAACACUUUGCAACUGCUCAAUUUUCAUGUUAAUGGAAACCUUCUAAGAACUGUACUUAACUUCAUGUUACACCAAUAUUUUGGAGGCUUUCUUUGAGCAAUUAGUGAGAAUAUAAUGUACACUGAAAUAGAUCUGAAAGUGCAUUAUCUAGUUGACUGUUCGUGAAUGCUUGCAUUUGAAUUUGUUGCUGUGAGAUAUGCAUGCAUUCCUUGAUUCUAGUCAGAUUUUUGUUCCUUUUAAUGCAGUUGUGCCAUUUUACUUUGGUCAACUGAUUUCUAUGAAUAUAGAUAAAUUCAUUCUUUUAUUAUACUGCCAUUCAUUUUUGUAGCAGCUGUGAAGUGUAAUGUAAAUUGCAUAGCUAAUUGGCAAAUAUUUUAUGUACUGUGAAAAGUCUUUGUCACACUUGUUCUGAAAUACUUUUUAAAUAGGCUGUGGGUGGGAAACAGUAGUUUCAAUUUUUCAGAAAAGUAUUUGCAAAAUUUGUAUAAUGUUUUCUUUUAUAUCAGAUUUUCUUGAGAACAGACUGUUGGAAGAUGUCACCCCCCCACAUUUUUUGUCGAGGCAGUGUUCAUUCCUUGUCUGUGAUUGAUAUAGAUUUUUGAGCUGUGUUGUGUAUGCACUUAAAGACUGUUGUGAGUGAGAAGCACACUUAAGUGUGUAAUGUUUUUCAGUUCCAUUGUUACGAAGUGACCAUUAUUUAUAUUGCGUGAUUUGUUGGAUUUUGUAGUGAGUGGAACUUUAAUUUGUGUGAUUCUGUUUUGUAGAAUGUUUGUGUUUUUCGUGGCAGCAUUUGAGAAUCGGUUGUUACAAGAAGUUGCUAGCUCUGAAUUGCCACCUCGUUGUUCAAUCAUUUAUUGACAGAUGUGUUCGUCUGUAGCAAGUAAGAGGCAGCAACUGUAGCUUGUUAGUACAAAAACUGUUAUGCAGAAAUUUGAAUGGGAAAACAGCAGUCAUCUUUUUAUUAUAAAGUUGUUUUAUAGUAUGUUGGAAGAUCAUUCUUUUGAGCUGUGUUUAUUCUGUGUCAAUCAAAUUUAGGUAUCACACAGCUGGCAGAAAUGACUGUUUAGCUCGUAAUAGACUGUAUGUGUGAAAUAAUUUGUGUAGUUUUGUGAGUGAUGUGUUAAAUUAUUUAUUUGUAAGUUGUUUUGAAGAUCUGCAUUUUUUAUGUUUUCACCUUAUGUUGAACCAAAACAGUAUUCUUGAGGUCUUGAUGACUGCACAUGAUACUUUGCUGGUCUUUUGUUUGGAAGGGCCUGUCAUUUGAGUUACUUUGUAUAGGACGAGAGUAUCUUUGAUACUCAACAGUUGCUAGGGUUUCCAGUUAUGUAAUGGGAGAAAGGUUGUUAAUUCUUAGAUAUUGUAAAUUUUCAUAUAAAACUUUUGUAGUUUUAUUGGCAGAUGUGUAUUUUUUCCAUUUAUUAUUCUGUUCUGGUUGGAAAAAAAACUUGUAUGUAAAGUCUUUUCACCAAUUUUUGUACGAUUAAUAAAAAUUUGCAUUUAAAAUUA